UGUGUGUGGCAAGUGCUUUUAAUCAGGAAUUUAGGAUCACGUUUUUGUGUGUGUUGUGUUGUCACAGCAGCAAAAGCCCGAGAGAAAGGAAGGAAAAUAUAGAGUGAGGAUAGAGAGAAAGAGUGAGUCUUUGAGGAGGAAGAAGAGGUGAGGAGGGGAGGGGAGAGAUAGUGUUUUAUUUAGACAGUUGGAGGAGAGGAGACAUGUCCAAGGUCUUCCCAACACUUAUAUUCUUUGCUCAUUCAUCCCUUACCAGAUACCAAAGGUGUUUCUGAAGAUGGGAAAGUAGUAAAGUUGUCUCCUUCAUCAGUUUCUUGUUUCAUACCUGUUUUGGCAUGCGGAGUCUGAUACAUUUAAAAGGUAGAAACAGGACUACCAACUUGUUAGCUGUAAAUGCUUCGUUUGCUGAUGGAAAUCUGAUUCGAAGUAGGAGAAAUGCUGUGGCUUUUGUUGGAUAAGUUAUUCGGAUAGAAUAAUCUGUUGGACAGUUCCAAUUUAUCGGACACGACGAUAGAAUCAUCUAUACCAACUCAAAACUUGAACAAGAACAUUUUCAAUCAAACUUCCGUCCAGGCAAUGCCCCUUUAUACUAAUUCCAUGUCGUGGAUUCCAAGUGAACGACAAAUUUCAGAGUCUUUAUCCAAGGAUGUGAGCUUCAAAGUGGUAUUUCCGCCACAAGGUUAUCAUGACGCAAAGCAUUUAGGACUUAAACUACAAACAGACCAGGGAUCAUCAUCCACAACCCACUCAAUUGUUCACUCUCAAGGCGAAGAUGAAACAUGUGGUAAGGGUGCUGAUGGGAAACUGAAGCCAGUUUUCUUGCCGAGUAAUCAAGAUUUAAUGUCGAACCCUUCUCAAGUUGGUUACGGCAAUUUAGUGGGCUGCAUACCAUAUCCUUAUGUUGACCCUUACUUCAGUGGGUUCAUGACUGCAUAUGGAUCACAGGCUAUGUCCCAUAUGCUUGGGAUCGUACCUACACGAGUUCUGUUGCCUCCUGAUCUGGCACAAGAUGGACCCAUCUAUGUCAAUGCAAAACAGUACCGUGGAAUCCUCAGAAGGAGACAGUCCCGUGCAAAGUUGGAGGCUCAAAACAAACUUCUCAAAGCUCGAAAGAGAAUCAGCGGUUGUGUAAUAAAUGAAACCUCAUCCAUCCAAACCAUGCCUUACCCUCUUGACACUUUUAAAUCAAUGCAGCCUUAUCUCCACGAGUCUCGCCAUCUUCAUGCCCUGAAUAGGGUAAGGGGCUCUGGUGGACGUUUUCUCAGCACAAAGCGGCAAUCAGACCAGAACGCCUCCAGUAGUACCCACCACGUUUCUGACUCCAUCAGCGUACUUCAGAAAGAUACAGGGGACACAGAAAGUCAUCACUCGGAAAGCAGUGAAUUCCUCCCUAGUGUUGCAAUUCACUCAGACAUGACAAGUGUUUCCAACACAAAUGACAACUUUCGGCAGCCAGAUCGCAGGUUUGUAGGCAUCCCUCCCCACAUGAGUGGAGCAAUGGAGUUCCAUGGCGGGUUUAUGCGUGCUGGAAACCAGCACUUUGCUUCUGUUGUCCGGUGAGAGGUCAGCACAAACAAGAUCAUCUUGUUCUCAGCGGUUGGGCAAAUCAUCCUUGGCUUUUCUCACUCUGCUACCAUCUUUCAGACAACUGGUGAUUGGAAAACCAAAGAUCAACCACCUUUCGUGCUUCUAAUGAAAUGGUGGCAUUUAGAGAUGCUGUAGUCUAGUAGGUUUCAUAUGUAUUCUCUCUUGUUCUAGUUCUGUGUUGUUAACCUUGAUGAAAGGAGACUGUUUGAUUCAAAUCGGCUAAAAGCUACGUUGCGAAUGUUGCACAAGAACAGUUUGGUUUGAUUCGAUUCCGAUAUGUACGACCUUGCAUUCGUGUGGCAAGUUCCUUGCAUAAUAUUGGGUUUAUGCUUGCAGCUGGUUUGAUAUAAAGUUUGUUUUAUUUGUUUAUUCA